AAUGGACUCCUGCUCAUCCUCUCACUUCCUGAAGGGAACGCGUCUCCAAACAUGUGAAAAUACAGCUGGAGGAAAACCUACAGCCUUCUGGACCUUUGACACAACAAUCCAGGGAAUCUUUUUCUCCACCAAAGUUUACUUGCUGGUGUAAAACAUGUUCCUGGUUCCGUAUCUGACUCUGGUCCUGCUGAUAACACUUCAGAUGUACAAAGCUCAAAAAUGUGAAGAAUUUACAGACUUAAAUUUCAGUCACACCUUCAUUGGGACCAGCAUCAGCGUUAGACUGCUGCUGUACACCAGGAGCAAUGCCACAUGUGGCAUUCUCUUAUCGCAUACAAACCUUUCAGACCAUGCGCAGUUCAACUUGUUCCGACCCACAACAUUCGUCAUUCACGGGUAUCGGCCCACCGGGUCUCCUCCUGUGUGGUUGCAUGACAUCACAGCACUGCUGCUGGCCAGAGAAGACAUUAAUGUUGUGGUGGUGGACUGGAACCACGGAGCUGCUAACCUCAAUUAUUUUAAGGCCGUGGAAAACACACACAAAGCAGCAGAGAACCUCACAGCUUUCAUCCAAAUGAUGCAGGAAAACGGGGCCAAUCUGAGCUUUAUACACAUGAUAGGAGUCAGUCUUGGAGCUCAUAUAUCAGGCUUUGUUGGUGCCACCUUUAAAGGGCAAAUUGGAAGAAUUACAGGUCUGGAUCCUGCAGGGCCUCAGUUCACUGGGAGAGAUAAGAGCGAGCGCCUGGACCCUGAGGAUGCUCAGUUUGUUGACGUGCUACACACGGAUAUAGAUGCGCUGGGUUUCAGGGAGCCUGUAGGGGACAUUGAUUUCUAUGCUAAUGGUGGAGCAGACCAGCCCGGCUGCCCAAACACCAUUUUUUCUGGAAAAGCCUACUUUAAAUGUGACCACCAGAGAUCUGUGUCCCUGUUCUUGGAGAGCAUGAAUGGAACGUGCUCCAGCAGAGCGUUCCCCUGCUCAUCCUAUAAACACUUCCUGGAUGGGAAAUGUUUAAAUUGUAAACGUUUUGGUGAUGAUGGAUGUCCUGUCUUUGGUUAUGAGGCCAAAAAAUGGAAAAAUUACCUGAAGAAACCAGAACCAAUGAAAGUUUACUUCAAAACAAAUGCACAACCUCCAUUCUGUGUGACAAAUUACAUGGUGGAUGUGAAAAUCUGGAACAAGAAAGCUCACUGGGGAUACUUGACUGUCAAACUUUAUAACGACACCAAAGAAGCAGUGGCAAACAUCGACCAUAGAGAAUCAGAGUUUAAGAAGUUCACAGAGACCAGACUGUUUGCACAAUUUGACAAAGACAUUCAGUCAGUGAAAAAGGUCUCGCUCAAAUACUCCACUGGGAAUGUGCUGCAGCCCAAACGUAAGCUCCGAAUACUCAGACUCCGUCUCACUCACCUGGAACACCAAGAAAGGCCCUGGUGUCGGUAUGACAUUCUUCUAGAAGAGGACAGAGAGAUCACAUUCAAGCCUAUUCCAUGCGAUGAAUCCAACUUCUAACAUAUCUGGAAUUUCAGCUGUACCAACAGCUUCUUCAGGACCACACAGUAAAAGGACUGCAAGAAUAUACAUAUCAGAGUAUUUACUGACCCUGUGAUUGCUUGAUGUUGUAUAUUAUAUCAUUCAUACAGUUCGUUUUUUUUAAAGUUUAUAUAUUUUUAAGAGAAAAUACACUGUAUAUAUACUUUGCAUAUAUUUUAAUAGAUUGUGAAAAAGGAUACUGUUUGCGUUUUACUUGUAAAGAAAAUGAAAGUCUCGAAACAUU